UCUUUAUGAAUGUCUAAUUUUGAAGUCAAAUGUUGCUCUGGGACUCUUAAACAGUUAACUAAUAUUUGUAUUGCAGCUGGAGCAGAUGAUUCACUGAGGAUGCAAAGGAAUCAUUUAUUAAGUUUUUAUGCCCCCGGUAGGGUGGAAUAUAGCAGUUUAACUCUCCGUAAGUCAGUCUGUCCGUCCAUCCAAAAACUUCAACAUUGCCCAUAACUUUUGCAAUAUUGAAGAUAGCAACAUGAUAUUUGGCAUGCAUGUGUAUCUCAUGGAGCUGCACACUUUGAGUGGUGAAAGAUAAAGGUCAUCAUUCAAGGUCAAAGGUCAAAUAUAUGGAAUCUGUCCGAAAACAUUGGUCAUAGCUUUUGCAACAUUGAAGAUAGCAACUUGAUAAGGUCAAAGGUCAAAUAUAUGGCUUCAAAGCAGCGCAUAUUGGGGCAUUGUGUUUCUGACAAAUACAUCUCUUGUUAAAGUAUACAUGUAAUUGAGUUUCAUUUUAUGUUUUAUUAUGUUUGUCAUACAAGAUAUCAAUUUUUGUCCUACAUUACAAGUAUAAGUUGAAUUUGACUGUUUUUAAAUGCGCACACAUAAUGCUUAUGGAUUAUUUUAUUGAUUUCAUUUGUGUCAUUCGUCAUGCAGUAAUUGUUAUAUCUUGCCCAUUCUUCUGUUAUCUGAAUAUGAAUAUUUAAUACACUUGAAACUAAUUCUGUUGAAAAUUAAAUAUUUUCAUUUUUUAGCAGUUUAAUCAAUGUUGAAUAUCUAUAGGGAGGAUAUACAGUGGUUUUAAAUAUUAGUAAGUUAUUUCACUGAUACCUACUGUUUUGUAAAUUAAGGGUGUUUCAAACAUAUUGUUCAGUAUGUUUAUUAUCUAAUUUGCGCCUUGUACUAAAUGCAAAUGUAAUUAUCAUGUGUUUUGCAUGAACAAUUUGAGUUACUUCCCAUUAAUCAGCAAUACUUCGACAGUUCGCGAGUUUUCUCCCUUUCAUCAAUGGUUAAUCAACAAUACUUUGACAGUUCACGAGUUUUCUCCCUUUCAUCAAUGGUUAAUCACAGCAAAACUUCGACUGUUCCUCAGUUGACUCCCUUUUAUCGAAGCUGUUGUUGAUUUUUUGCGGAUCGAAGGAAACUGUGGCGCAUAUCGGGGCAAUGUUAUCAACAAAUGACCUGGUCUUGAACUGUCCAAUCUGCUCGAUUCGAACACAACAUGCCAAUAGAAGAUUCUUUUUUCAGGGGAAAUUCGUUUGUACAUACCGAAAUAUUAAGAAUAAAUGACAUUAUUCGACUUGUCAUUUGAAAGAGCGGGUUCUAACACAAUAUUAAUUCAUCUAAGUCGCUGCUACCUUGUUCGUUUGAUACUAUUUAACAGAUUUGGAACAAUGGAUAAGUUUUAGUUACGAAGGUGAUCGUUUCGAGUAUUUGAUACUUUGACAUAAAAAAUAUUUCUGAGUUUUUAGCAAUUAUUUUAAAAUGUUUAAAACUGAUUCGUUCUAUUUGUUUUGUUUAUUAUUUGAAUUGACUUGGGGUUUAAUUAUCCGGCUAUACAACUGCUAACGAAAUGCACGAAUCUUGUUCAGUGACAAAGUUAAGAGCCUCUCAAAUUCCAUCCUGUUACAUUGUUUUUUUAUGGUCAACCCCCAAAUCGUUAUAAAACACGUACGGGGGAUGUCGUUAAGGGGGCGAGUCGUUACAUUACCAAAUCCUAAGAAUAUGUGACUCAAAUUUUGAAUAGGAAAAUCAAGUUAUGAGGCGAGUCGUUACAUUACCAAAUCCUUAGAAUAUGUGGCUCAAAUUUUUAAUAGGAAAAUCAAUACGAGUUUGAUAAUGGCUGUCCACAGCAUUCCAUUAGAACAUUGUGGUAGAGCCCGUAAACAUUUUAUAAUCCGAUAUUCAACAUACCUGUACAGGCUGUAGAGUGGUCUGCGGGGUCGUUAGUAUGGACCAAGUCCUUUUUUAGCCCUCCGUCAUGCGGACUUCUUAUAUUACAGUUUUGUGUGUGUCCCACGUGUACAUGGUAUAAUAUGGUGACUGAUUAAGUGUGUAUUUAGUAUAGUUUACUGUUAAUGUGUUAAAACAGCACCCUUUUCAUUUAGUACUCAAACAUUUUUCCUUUCAAGUGUUUAUUCAAGCGUUCUUUGAAACUAUACGGGGUUUCCGCAUCGACAAUAUUGACUGGUCCUCUUCUUUAUACGCCGUAACUUAACGUUUAUCUUUCAGCCAACUUGUAACAGGCUGACAUCCAACCUACAAAGAUUUUCUUAUCCAUCAAAUGCCGAUUGUAUACGCCAGAAAAAGCAACCUUUUGCACUCCGGUUCCAAAAUGCGGUUUGCACUCUAUUCGUUGGGUCAUAGUGACCCAGUGCAAUCGAUUUUUGUUUACAAAAAUAAUGAUGUGAAAUACGGAGAUGUACUUUAUAACGGUUAAUGCUUUAAAUAAUCAUCGAUAUUUUUAAGAUUAUUUUAAAAACGUUAAGAUAUAUAUUAUGUUGAAAUAUGUGUUGCAUAACCAAGUUACGGAAAAUUAACGUACGUUGCGCACCACAUUAAUGAAACAGACUUUAGUUGAAUUAUUAACCGCCGUAUAACACCGAUAACUGAAAAUGUCAUAUGCUUACGCAAUGCAAAUAGUCCUAACAAAACGGUCGAUUGUUAAGUCUGAACAGACGCAGGUCAUGCCACGGUCGCGGUUUAUCUGUCGGUCAAAUGAGGUUAUAAGUAGAUAUAAACGUCACGGGUUAGUCUACAAUGACCAGUAGACACUGACCGUUUCAUGAACCUUCCUAUAGACUAUUUCUAUAAAUGAAAAGCGAAUACGACCACCGUGACCUUAGCCGAACAAAAACAUAUGUUCUUGUUUUUCGAUAUAUCGCAAUUUAUAUCACUGCUUACAUACUUACAUACUUUUAUCUCGUGUCUGUUUAUGAUCUGUUCGUUACGAUUAACAAUAUCACCGUAUUUUCUCAGUGUUUUCUAACCCGGAGCGAUCUGGAGUUCGCUUAGGUCAGUUUGACCUAUCGAAGCCUAUAUAUCUACACUAGUGAACGUGAUAUACUAGUAACCUUGUUGUUUAAGAAUUACGGACGGUGGAUCACAGCUCAUAAUAAUGUGUUGUUGUUUUUUUCAAAAGAUAAAACACAAUAUAGUGCGAAGUGUAUUUAACAACACUGUCUUUGUCUUGGGACUGCUUACGAUGUUUACUAAAGUAUAGAUUCGAGAGAGGAAAUACGAACGAUAAGAGAAAUGAUCUGGACUGUCAAAUGUGUAUUUAUUGCGCAAUAAAGUCGGAUACUAUAUCACAAGACGAAUCGUAUGCUGUGGAUACAAUAACAAUUGGAGCAAUGCCGCCACCGAAGAAACCGAAGAUGGGUCGGACGUCCUUAGAACAGUUUCUUUCAGACGAAGAACGCUAUAAUCCUGGGGCUUCGAGUCGCGACUCCCGGGACUCCGAGGGAAACAGUCCAGCUGCCACCAUCGAGGACGGAUCGGAUGGGGAAGUCUUUAUGUCUAGCAGUGAUGCAGACAAGACUCCGACUGAAACGUUCCCAUCAUGCAAUACGGACGCGCGCGCGGAACUGUUCCACAAAUUGUUGCUGAAAUCGAGAGCGCUUUCUGAAGAGCACAGAGAAACGCUUAAGAGUCCGCCGCUCGAUGAGCCAUCGCCGACAACGUCGCCGUCGGGUGAUGGUGAAAAGGUCGGCGCUUUCAGAAAAUACCAAGAUCAUAUUCGCUUGCAGAUAGAAAAGCGGCGUCAGCUUGAGGUGAAACUCGAGUGCAGGUCGCCGGACACAGAGAAAGACGCUCCGAUGGAGCCGUUAUAUGAGCAGGACAUGAGUUACAAGACGAGCGCCGCACUGCAGGACAUGAGUUACAAGACGAGCGCCGCACCGCAACAAAGGCUUACGACGGAGCAAGGACGCCUGAUAGACACUUUGGUUGCCUCGGCGCUGGCUACUAGCGCCGCGCAAUCCAUAAUUUACGGAGGCGGAAUGAACGGCACAGCAAACCGCGGACACUCUAACGGAUAUGCGCAUGGUCAAAACUUGUCAUUUAGCACGUGUACAAUGAAAAACUAUGAAAACGAACCUCAUGAUCUGUCCAAAAGAUCAGAUGUUACAAAUGGUCAUUUAUUUGGACAACGGUUUUACGACCGUUCUAAUGACCACGGACGAUUAGCGCAUGUUUACAGAGAGUGGGCAUUAAGACAAAACAAGGAGAACGCGCUGGAACGUUCUAAACAAUAUCUGGACUCGCACCGCCGUAUCGCCGACUUGUUGUCCGUACGGACCGGGGAGAAUGAGCGCGAGGAAAAACAGUCGGACAAGGAAAACGUUGUUACCGCGGUCCCGGCGCGAUAUCCGAAUGCGCUGUAUUCCACCAUCGGCAUCAAUGGUAUCCUGAGUAACUACAGAUACGACACCCAUCAACGAGAAGGCUUAGACAGGGUGAAUGGUAAAAUGGAGGAGAACCCAUGCAUGAUGUCGCCCGCCGCUGGCUACAUGCCCAGUCACUCUAUGAUGCCCCCUGGUCAGCCCGUAGCCCAGAGCCCGACCUCCACCACCAUGGACAACAUGGACCGGUUCCACCCGGCCCUGCUCAGUCCGCACUUCUUGGCUGACUCGCGCCGCAUGAAGCUGGAGUCCUCACCAGGAGGCGGAGUCAACAAGCUUUGUCAGGUGUGCAGCGACAAUGCGUCCGGCUUCCAUUAUGGGGUCUGGUCCUGUGAGGGCUGCAAGGCCUUCUUCAAACGGAGCAUUCAAGGCCCUGUGGAUUACGUGUGUCCAGCAACUAACACAUGCACCAUCGACAAACAUCGGCGAAAAAGCUGCCAGGCGUGUCGACUUCGCAAGUGCUAUGAAGUGGGAAUGAACAAGGGUAGUCAAAGAAAGGAGAGAAAGUCCACUUUAGCUGGUCAGAACAAAUCUCCUAAGCGUUCAAGAUCUGACUCGGGCGAGAAUCCCUUAGGUCAAGGAUCUGUCGACUCUGCACCCACUCCUGCCAAGAAUUCUCGCAAGUCUCGAACAUCGCUGAUCCUGGAGGCUCUUGGGAAGGCAGAGAUGCCGCGUCUUGAGAGCUUUCACAACCACAAUCUGCCUCCAACCAAGGCCCACCUUUUGACCUCAUUCGUGAAUCUUGCGGAGAAGGAACUUGUUAACCUCAUUAACUGGGCAAAAAAUGUCCCAGGCUACUCAGAGCUCAGUCUGGGGGAUCAAGUUCAUCUCAUAGAGUGCUGCUGGAUGGAACUGUUGUUUCUCAACAUUGUGUUCCGGUCUCUAGAACAUGGUGGGCGACGUCUCGUUAUUGCACCAGAUCUCGUGCUGGAAAGGCCCUACUGGUCGAUCAUGGGGAUGUCGGAAGUGUUUGAGCAGUUGGUUGCCGUCUCAGAGCAACUAGUGCAAUACAGCCUCCACAAAGAAGAGCACCUGUUGCUACAGGCAACCAUUCUGGCAAAUGCUGAGGUGCGCAAACUCUCAAGUUACUCAAAACUGUACGAAAUCAGACAGAACAUUCUGGACGGCAUUGUGGAUAUCGCUCAGAAGUACCACCCGGACAAUUUACGUCAUGUGCCCUCUUUGCUGCUCCUUCUUACGCAUAUACGUCAGGCGUCCGAGCGGGCAGUCGUGUACUUUCAGUCAAUCAAGCGUGACGGGGUCGUGACUUUCUGUGCUCUCCUCUCUGAAAUGCUGGAUGCUCAAAGCGAUGAAAAGAACAACAAACAUCAAAACUGUGCAUAAAUUUGUGUAGUGGAUUUGGACUCAAAUUGUCAUUAAAAAUCAGUCGACUGAUCAGCAUGUUUCGUGCAACGAAGAUCUAGUUGCCUUGUGCAUAGUCUGUUAGAAAUGUUGUAAUUAGCACUUUAAUCAAAAUAACGAUUUAAAUAGCAUUCUAUGAUAAAAAGUCAAGGGCAUUUAUGUUGUCAAGAACUCUGCAUAGUUUAUUGGGCAAUUGUUCGGCUGGUUGGGUUUUAUACAUGUAUUUCUCUGAUAUAUGCUUGGUUGGGACCUUUUUUUGCGUAGACUCUGGGUUUUCCUCUGCUGAGUAGUUAUUUUGUUGUUCAUAAUUUGUUCAUUUUUUUUUUCCAUUAGUUAUUUUGUUGUUCAUAAUUUGUUCAUUUUUUUUUUCCAUAUUAUCGCUUUAAAAAAAAUUAUUAUUAUCAGUAUUAGAUUUUCCAUUAGAUCAUGGAAUAACACUUUAUAUUGAAAACAAUAUUAUAAAAUUACAUAGAUAUACUCAUGAUGUGAACUGAUAGAAUUUUUGGUUGUUUUUAUCAGACAAAGUUUCUGAAUUUCUAACAUAGGAAAAUGAUGAAGCAUUCGUUCAUUCAAUUUAUCAAUUGUCCAGCUUUUAAUUGCAUUUUAUAUUUUAAUAUAAAUGGUUUUUGAUAUAUUUUAUUUGUUACAGAUUUUAAGGUUUUUAUGAUUUUAAACGAUUUAAAAGACAUUUUUAUAGAUAAACAAAUUUAUGAAGUACAUUGUAUUUUAAAGUGUUAAUGAUGUUAUGAAAUUUUGUAAUGUUUGCUUUAGAGAUUUCAUGAUUUUAAGCAAUUUUAUAGACAUAUAUUUUUUUAGAUAUACACGAAUUGUACUGUAAUUUGAUCUUCUAUAAGGCUUAAAUUUGUUGUCUGAGUUGCAACAAAUAUAUUCUAUAAGAACAAUACAAACAUAAUGAAAGAUCUUUCUGAUAGGCCUUAAUUAUUAAUUAUCUUGCAGUGUUCUGUGUUCAAAAACUUUGCUUGAACUUAUAAAGUUAUAGUUUCACCCAGGUAACAAGUAGAUAUAAUAUUAGAAAGUAUCUUAUUUUUUACCUUGGCCAGUAUUGGUUAUUAAUGAUAUUCUCAUCUGGAGGCUACAUAUUCCAUCUUGUUAUUAAAUUAUUUUGUUAACUUGUGUUCAAACAUGCCAUGGGAAUGUUUUAUUAAUUUUAUUAGGUUUGUUUGCUGUCCCUGAAUAUUUCAGAAAUAAAAACUAUAAGUUUGCAACCUUGCUUGUUGGUCAAGUAACUGCAUUUAUUUGGAUUUUUAUUAAGUAAAUAAAUAUAUAUUUUAAUGAAAAGUUUUCAUGAUAUUUAAAUUGUAUCGCUUGAAAAGAUGGACAUACAAAUCAUCAUGGUUCCCAAUCCUUUAUAUAUUUUUAUUUAUGUAUUAUUUGAACAUUAUAAUUGCCACUGUAAAUGUUGAGUUACACUAAAGUGUUCUUAAUUUGUUGAGUAUUACCUUUUGUUUACAUUAUUUAAUAUUAACUAGUAAAUGUGCUAUCACAAAGAAGUUAGUCAGACUAGGGCCCCAGUGCAAAACUUUGGAGACAUCCCUUAUUUAUUAAAUAAUUAAAUUUAAUGUAUACUUGUUAGUUGACCCUCACAAUGAAUGAAUGCUUAUUGAAUCGGUUGUAUACCGUUCUUAAAAUGUUUAAGGACAUCUUCUUGAUGCAUUCUCACAAGUCCAUUUUCUGGGCUUACACUUAUUUAUAGACCCUUUCAAGUCUUACUUACUAGAUUUUACUGUUAAUUUAUUAUUAGUUGACUGCCUGAAGCAGAUUAUUUGGAUGCUUAAUUGAUUGUCCACUGGCCUAAGGCUGUUGUACAUUUCUUGAUGCAUACUGGUUAGGAAACCCUUUUGUUGCAUUCUGAUGUUUUGACUUUAUUGAUGCAUACUUGUUAGAUGUCCCUCCUGAUGAAUACAUGUUAUUGAUCUUGUUGCUGUAUAUUUCUUGGUGCAUGCCCAUUAUUUUGACCCUCCUGAUGUACAAUACGGAUACAUAUUAGUAGACUCUGUUGUUGUUGUAUACUUGUUAGUCAGCCCUCUCGAUUAGCAAGUGUAGCAAGAAGUGCUAUGUUAGAUUGGGUUUUAAAGUUUGAUAUUUAUAUUAGAAGGCAUACAUAUUUAAGUUAUAUGUCCACAGUUAUGUUGAUGUCAUUAUGACUUAGAUAUAUGUAGCUAUAUAUACGUGUAACGUGUACAUAUAUACAUCUUUUGAUGUUUGAUUGUGAGUCAUUGAUUCAAAUGGCAUAUAUUGUGCAUCAAUUUUGUUCAUUUAAUACAUAUUGAAUGUAUUGAUUGUUUGUUACAUAUGGUCAUAACUGACUUAAGUGGUCAAAAAAUAAAAAAUGAAUGAGAACAAUC